UCCAUCAAGCGGUACAGACGUGCUGUUCGUUCAGCUUCCGAGCUAGCCGAGUAUCAGUUCGCGAGUCCGGUGCAGCAGAGGCGCAAAGUGGACACGCAUCUUCGCACAUCCCGUUUGCGCCAGUGAGCCGCAGUGUCCCAAAGUGUUCGAACGGGUCGCAUGUGAAUCGGGUCGCAGUCGGUAGUUGACAACAGCCCAGACAUAAUUGCGCGCAUAGUGAUUGACCGGCUAGUGGUCCGUGUUAAGUAAUCGUGGUCUCGCGUGCACACUCAGUGUCCGUGCCAGUUUUUCGUUCCCGGGCCCGGGGUUUGUUUGGCUGUGUGUGCCGCCCGUCGUGCAGACAGCGUGCGUUCCAAACAGUCGGUGAAUCGGUGACACAACAUCCGGCCAGCGGGACAGAAGCAGAAGCAAACCGGGGGGAAAACCGUGAAGCAUCGGUUGGUGGAAAAAAAUUUGCAUCCAUUCCCGUGGGGAUCGCGUUCGUAGCAGCAGGAUUUUGUUGCUGUUGUUGUUGUGUUUGCGUUUUGCAACAUUAGCAUCGAUCCGGCCGGAAUCGAUCAUCAAGUGAAACAAUUAUCCACCAUGACGCAAACGAGCCAUCUGAUAGCACUGUUCUGUCUCGUGUCGGCGGUGGCGGCCGUUCCCCUACGUCAAAGUCAACUCCUGUCGGCGAUGCAGAACAUGCAGCGACAGUACGACGCACGGUCGGGCAAGGAAACUGCCACCUAUCUGCAGGAACUGGAGAACGAGGGUAACGGGCAGGAAGCUGACAGUGGGAAAGCAACAUCCCCGGAUGCUGACCAGAGUUCGUCCGCUUCUGCCGGAAGUUCUGCCGAGACACUGCCCACUGCCGUUCCUUUGCCGAAUCUUCGCAAGAACAAAAUGUUGGGUUACUUUGGAUUAUACUCCCCGGCAGCCCUAAGUGCGGCAACGGCCGCAGCAUACGCACAACCCUACGGUUACCCACUGUAUCACUCCAUGCUGGAUUACUACGAUGACUAUCUGCCGGUGGACAACUAUCCAAGCUUAAACAUGCUGGCAAACAUGCAAACUUACCCGCAAAAUAUGUACACCAACAUGGCUAACGGGUUGGGUUCGUACCAAACGAUGAGUAACCUUUCGCCCAACCUACAGCAACAGCUCAAUAGUCUUGUCCAGCAGCAGCAGCAACAGCAGCAGCAACAGCAACAGCAGCAACAACAGUCCGUAAAUCCGCAGUUGGCUAACUUGGCUGGGUUGGAUGCGAAUGCCGCUUCGCUAGGAAGCUUUCAGAGUCUUGCUGCUAGUUUCGCCGCCGGUAAUGACAACUUCCAAGGUUUAGAAGAUGAAGACAUCCUUUCCCGCCACAGUCAAGCCGCGCGACGUCGACCGGCGGUGAAGAACUCCCCGAUCUACUACAUCCGGUUGCCUCCAACGCCGUACAUGUUUGUUCCGGGUGUCGGGUACAUCUCACAGCCACCAACGAUUCAACCGAUGGCCGCCCCGGUACCACAGUACCCACAGCUUGCCCCGCCACCAGUGACGAUGAGCCCAUUCUACCAGCUACCCAUCAACUUCGUAUCGAACGGUAAACCUUCCGGCAUCUACCAGUGGAAUGGUGCUCCGGCAGCACCGGCAGCUCCACCACAGCCAACCUUUGCCCUGCCGUAUCCACGUCCGCAGCGACCCGCCUUCGCACCUUCUCCAUUCAUUCAAGAUUCGAAGAUCACCCAUCUGAAGGGUCCGUUCCUGUUCAAUGGUCGACCGGAAGAGAUUUUCCUGCUGCAGAACACCUUUAAUCCACUGUUCCAGAGUCCUCUUAAUUCUUACUACUAGAAAAACGAGAAUCCCACGCACCGAUACCGUACCCGUCCGAAAUGAGUCACGUUCGCCAUUUUGGCAUGGACCGAACUUUGGCUCGGAAUGUUUGUAGAAACGCAUUUUGGCAACCUGGGGCCAGCUACGCGGCAUUAUUGCAAUAUCACAAUUAUCACGCAAACUAUACACACUACUGAGACGCAGAGGAUCGAGUGUCCCGUUGCGAUAGCUUACAUACUAGCGUUCGUUUAGGUUAGGCACGUAAGGGCAAACUAGUAGUAAGGACUGAGCAUCACUAGCUGUUUGGUGGAACUGCACACCUCCAGUUCCUAACAGGCGGUUAGUGGAUGGCUUGCUGUAAAAUGAUUUACUUGGAGAAACGUUUCGCCGAUGGUUUGCCUGAUGCUUUCUUACCAGUGUGGCAACUACGUUUUUUCGGGGAUGAAUGGGAUGAGAUGCACACCUGACUGCAUUGCGUUGCACAUCGAAACGUGUUGCCAACCUUCCAAAGAAAGCCACAUUUAAAUUUCUUACAUACACAAACACAAGCAUGGGCACGCGCACACCAUCGAUGAAAUGUUUCUUCGACCAGACGGUUAUUUACCUUAUAGCAGCGAACACAUUAGGGACAAACAAAAAUACUCGUACUCGUGAUCGUCAAACGAAGGCAGCAAACGGGACUAGUGAUUUAGAAGUGAGGGUAAUAUAAAAUUUGAUAGCAAUUAACAUUAAUAAACUAAAAUUGAAAAUAAACAACUGAACAAAGAAA